UUUGCGUUGUUUCUUUACCUUCUCUUCAACCAUCAGUUUCUUCGAUUUGUUGAUCUACUUUGUCUGAGACAAGGGGGUAUUGAUCUUUGUCCUCGAGCUAAUUGAACUAAUUUGGAUCACUUAUGAGUGACUCAUGGCUGAUCAUUCUUCAUUGGGAAUUGUAGAGAGAGAAAGCUGGGAUUCUUCUGAGAUGUGUCUAUGAACAGAGAAGUGUUAAACUUUUAGAUACAUGUAUUUAUAUACAUAUAUAUAGAGAUUGUUGUGUUGGGUUUGCUGGGUUUUCUCGGAUUUGUUUGGAUUUGAUAUGGGAGGGUGUUUUCCAUGCUUUGGAUCGUCAAGCAAGGAAGGGAAUGGUGUGAAAGAAGUAACCAAAAAAGAUUCUGUAAAGGAAGGUUCAGCUGCCCAGACUCACCAUGUAAACAGAAUUAAUUCAGACAAAUCAAAAUCUUGGGGUGGUAAUGAUCCUAAGAAGGAUGCAGCAGUUCCAAAAGAUGGACCCACAGCACAUAUUGCUGCACAGACAUUCACAUUUCGUGAGCUAGCUGCUGCAACAAAGAAUUUUAGGCCAGAGUGUUUCCUGGGUGAAGGUGGGUUUGGACGUGUUUAUAAAGGUCGUCUGGAAAGCACAGGACAGGUAGUUGCUGUGAAACAGCUAGAUCGUAAUGGCCUACAAGGAAAUCGAGAAUUUUUGGUGGAGGUUCUCAUGCUUAGCCUAUUACAUCAUUCAAAUCUUGUCAACUUGAUCGGUUAUUGUGCUGAUGGGGACCAGCGCCUCCUUGUGUAUGAAUUUAUGCCAUUGGGAUCUUUAGAGGAUCAUUUACAUGGGCGCAAGGCUAUUGACAAUGCCCGGGGUCCAGGAGAGCAUAAUCUCGUUGCAUGGGCACGCCCACUUUUCAAGGAUCGAAGAAAAUUUCCCAAGAUGGCUGAUCCACUACUGCAAGGCCGAUAUCCAAUGCGAGGACUUUACCAAGCACUUGCUGUAGCAGCCAUGUGUUUGCAAGAACAAGCUGCUACAAGACCUCUAAUUGGGGAUGUUGUGACUGCUUUGACGUACUUAGCCUUGCAAACCUAUGAUCCAAAUGCCUCCAAUGCCCAAAGUAACAGAGGAGGCCCAUCUACCCCUCGGAGUAGGGAGGAUCGUAGGAACUUGGCAGAUGGGCUGGAUAGUCCAGACGAACCUGGGCGUGGUGACCGCCAUGGUUCUCCUUCCACCCAUAAAAACUCUCCUGAUUUCAGAAGAAGAGACACUGUCAGGGAAUCAAGCAGUGGUGCAGAGUUGAGAAGGAUUGAAACCAGCGGCGGGUCUGGGAGGAAAUGGGGUUUGGAUGAAUCUGACCAUCCUGAUUCUCAAAGAGACAGCCCCGCCAGUGCUGGUAGAGCUAGAGAAACUCCAAGGAAUCGAGAUCUAGACAGAGAACGUGCAGUUGCAGAGGCGAAGGUGUGGGGUGAGAAUUGGAGAGAGAAAAAGAGGGCAAAUGCAAUGGGUAGUUUUGAUGGUACAAAUGAUUGAUUGAGCUGAAAUUCUGAGGCAUGUCACCCUAGUCUUCUGGGCACAAAUUUAUGUGCUGAGGUUAUCAUGAAAACGACUGAGAAAUCUGCUGAUGCAUCAUCAUCAUUUGCUGUCAUUGUUUCUACAUCCACCCGAUGAGUACGAGUUCUUUUAUUCACCUUUGACACUUGUUGCUUGCCUUAUAUGAUUCUUGUAGUUCAGCAUGAACUGCAUGCUUCAAUUAUGUGGUGAAAGGAGGUGCGGUUAAAGAAGGGUCCAGAAGGGAUUAGUUGUAAUUUUCAGAAAAUAUGUAUUUAGGGCUUCUGGGAAGUUCAUGAUACAGGAGAAGCUUGGAAGAAAAUGUCUAAUUUUUGCUCCGUAUGUUGUCUUUGUGUAAGGGGAAACUAAGUGGGUUUGGUUUGGGUCUCUCAUUGUUCCAUUGUUACACCAUGAUCAUGUAUCUGUCAUACAGUUUCCAAGUGUAUGGAUUUCCGAGUCGUGUCAUGUUUACGGCUUAUACAAAUCGAC